UAAGUCUUGUGGCAUUUCCUGCUCCCGAGACUCCUCGAAACAGCUGCUCUGCUUUUCGACUGACAACGCUGACCUCCCCACCCUCUCCAAUCUGUUGCUCCGCUUGUCCCGAGAAGUAGAGCUCCCUGGCCAGACGAGGAGCUCCGGACCUCGCCUUUGGCGGGCGGGAGACGGUGGGAGGAAAAGAUAAAAGGAGGAGGAGGAGGGAAAAAAAAGAAAAGCCCGGGCGGCUGUUGCGCGUGCUGAGUUGCAGCUUACCUCCCCCGCCCUCCCAGCGCUGCAGCGCGUGGUAGCGGGGUGGGUAGCUGGGUGCGAAAGUGACAAUUUUCAGGGUGGGAGUGGGAAGUCCGAAGCAAGCAAGGGCUUCUCCUUCGGAGCUGAGCGGGCAAGCUCGGAAGUCGCCAGCCCGAGAAAACCGAGCGACGAUGAGUGGCUCUACGAGCAGAUGCUGCUGGCCGACAAAUUCGGGACUAUGGUGAGGCGCCGCGGAGCAGAAAGGAGCGGGUUUUUUGGUCGCCGGCAGGAAUUGGGACGCGGGGGAUCCUGGUCUGCCUCUGCCUGCGCGCCGAGGAGGGCUGCACCAUUUUGAAAGAAUGCAUAUGAAUACUGAACAACGGAGGCUUAGUGUCAGUAAUAAAACCCCUACAGCACAUGCCAUGAAGGAAGAAAACAUUUUUCGGCGAAGGUUCUCACUCUGUCCUGCUGCAUCUACACCUCAGAAAAUUGAUCCUCGCAAGCUGACCCGGAACUUGUUUUUGGGGGCUGAUAAUGAGAUCUAUCCCAUUAGCCCAGGAAAAGAUAUGGAAGGAAAUAGUUUGCCCAUGCUGAAGGAUGAGAUUCCUCAGACACCAAACUCUACUAAUAAGACUGAGCACAAAUUUUGCAAUGGGUCUGAUAAGGAGUGUGUAUCUCCUACUGGAAGAAAUAACAAGAAGGAAACAUUAAAGGUCCAGAAAAAAAACUACAGGCAGGAGAAGAAAAAAGCCACCAAGCAGCUCUUUAGUGCUUUAAAAGAUCCCCGUGUGGUCAUUAUGGCAGAUUGGUUGAAGAUACGUGGCACUCUGAAAAGCUGGACUAAAUUGUGGUGCGUACUAAAACCUGGAGUACUCCUAAUCUAUAAAACUCCAAAGACUGGACAGUGGGUGGGCACCAUUUUGCUUCAUUCCUGCGAGCUCAUUGAGAGACCCUCCAAAAAAGAUGGCUUCUGUUUCAAACUUUUCCAUCCUUUGGACCAGUCCAUUUGGGCUGUAAAGGGUCCAAAGGGAGAGAAUGUAGGGUCAAUCACUCAACCUCUUCCAAGCAGCUACUUGAUCUUCAGGGCAGCUUCUGAAUCAGACGGUCGAUGCUGGUUAGAUGCCCUGGAAUUGGCCUUGCGCUGCUCCAGCCUCUUUAGGUUAAGCGCUUCUAAGCAAGCAAAGGAUGGAGAUCUGAAUUGCUCAAAUGAUUCUUCACAUGCUGGGCUGUACAACUUGUUCCACACAGCGACAGUCUCAGAUCAGGAACUUUUCCAUCUGAAUGAUUCAGCUCUGGAAAACCAUCACUUGGAGAACGAUGCUUUUUCAGACAAAUCUGAACGAGACAACCUAGAAGAGUCUGAAAAUGAAUUGCAGGAGAAUAGUCGGAAGACAAAUGAGAGUGAGAGCGAUCAAUCUGAAAUCCAUGGGGAGUUGCUCCAGGAAAAGAAAGGGACGACCUACCUAGAACAGAACUAUGAAGAAUUUGGAGAGACAGGGGAAUGCUCUCAAACCGAAACUGUGUCUGACGAAAAUAAGAGUUUGAUGUGGAUUCUUCUGAAGCAGCUACGGCCAGGCAUGGAUUUGUCUCGUGUGGUUCUGCCCACUUUUAUCCUAGAGCCACGUUCCUUCCUCAACAAACUUUCUGAUUAUUACUACCAUGCUGAUCUACUUUCCCAAGCUGCUCUUGAAGAAGAUCCAUACUGUCGAAUCAAGCAAGUCUUGAGGUGGUAUCUAUCAGGCUUUUAUAAAAAGCCAAAGGGAAUAAAAAAGCCAUACAAUCCCAUUUUGGGAGAGAUUUUUCGUUGCUGUUGGUUUCAUCCACAGACGAACAGUCACACAUUUUACAUAGCAGAACAGGUUUCUCAUCAUCCUCCAGUAUCGGCCUUUCACGUCAGUAACAGGAAGGAUGGGUUUUGUAUUACUGGCAGCAUUCUAGCCAAAUCAAAAUUUUAUGGUAAUUCACUUUCGGCAUUAUUGGACGGCCAAGCUAAACUCACAUUUCUAAGUUCUGGGGAAGAGUAUGUCAUUACAAUGCCAUAUGCACACUGUAAAGGAAUUUUGUAUGGUACCAUGACAAUGGAGCUUGGAGGAAAAGUUACUAUUGAUUGUGAAAAAAGCAAUUAUCGGGCAGAACUGGAAUUCAAAUUAAAGCCAUUUUUUGGUGGCAGCACAAGCAUUAAUCAAAUUUCAGGGAAGAUUAAAUCAGGAGAAGAAGUGCUGGCAAGUCUUGAUGGACACUGGGAUGGGGAAGUAUAUAUAAAUGAUCUGAAAAAUGGCAGUACAGAUAUUUUUUGGAACCCGACCAUUGAAGUCCGAAAGCAAAGGCUGAAACGUCACAUUGUCUUGUUUGAAGAGCAGACGGAAUUUGAAUCUGAGAGACUCUGGCAGCAUGUAACCAGUGCAAUCGGCAAAGGAGACCAGCACAAGGCCACUCAAGAAAAGUUUGUGUUGGAAGAGGAACAGAGACAUGCUGCAGGAGAACGGAAGGAGAAUGGGACAGAGUGGAAGCCCUUACUCUUCUGGCACAAUGCUACCACAAAUGAAUGGCACUACAAAUAUGAAGAUUUAAGGCCUUGGGAUCCUUUGAAUGACAUUGCCCAGUAUGAGAAGGAUGGCGUACUUCAAACCAUGCAGAGGCACUUACCCAACAGAAUGUCAACUCACAAGAACAUGUGCAUCAGUAACCAAGUUGCACGACACAAGAGUCGACACCGCAAAGCCAGUGAUCAACCCUCCAACAACAGCCAGAAUACUGAAAGUAGCUGUUCAACGCCCGAGUCUGUGCAGGAACUCUCAGAUGAUGAAGGCCUUGGAAGCCCAUGUACUCAAUGUGGGAAGGAAACCAGCCACUUGAAGGAAAUUCACACUGCUGUCUUAUCACUCCAGAGAGCCCAGCAGGACAUACAUAAAAACCUCACUGCGCUGAGCAAGGAAUCUCUCUACAGGAGGGGCUCACCCCAAAAUAUUGUGGACUCUCGCUGUUGGUUUCUUCUCUGCAUCUUUCUAACCUGUCAGCUCUUCAUUAAUUAUGUCUUCAAAUAAAACACUGCAUUGGGCAGCAAUAAAAGUGAGGAGCUGUAGAAAAGGGGAGACUUAAUUGCAAGGGGCCCUUUGAGGCACCAAGCACUUUAAUACACAGUCAGGAGUGGAAGGAAGAGAGAGGAGAGCGAGAGAGAGAGCCAGGUUAGGCAGGGAACCUGCAUAGUUUUGUUCUUACGAUCAGUGUCAUUGCCUUUUUCCAUGUACAUUCACAAGGACCUCUUUACCUAUAUGGGCCUUAAUGCUAAAGCCAAAUGUAGCUUUAAUUGUGCAAUUUUGUUUUCUAUGUCUUGUCAUUUUUCUGACGCAGUUAAGCAUUACCAGCCAGUAUUGGUACAUCCUCUGAAGCAUUGUUUGCAUCUACUUCUUUUGUAAAAUGGUUCCCACUGACUUGUUUUAUAUCUCUUCUCUUGUUGAGGGAGGACAUUUUAGCAUCCUUUAAAAUGUCUUCCAGAAUCAGUUAAUUUGCAUACAUUAAGCAACCAUAUGAAAAUUCAGCCAAUGGGUAUAAACAGCACAGUUUCUUGGGUCUUCUGGUGUGUGCUGUCACAUCUAAAAUCCCUAAGAAAAGCACACCACAUUCCACAAAUAUGUGCAAUUUCUUAUAGCCUGCCACUUUUAGGAAAUUGGAGGCCUUCAAGGUGCAAUUAGCUGAUGCCCUAAAUUAUGUCAGUGAGCCAAAUAGGCCUGCUUGUGUAUCAGUUUUUAUUUUUAAUUGGGCUGCAAAAAAUCCAGAUGUUUUUCUGGAAAGCAGCCAAGAUAUAGAAAACAUUUACUCAUCUUGGAUUUUGCAGCCUACAUAAGAUAGCUGUUACACAAACUCACGCGCACACACACACACACGAGACAUAAUAAGUGUUAUAGAAAAGAAUGCCUCUGAACUGUAGCAUUAUUUUGAGAUGAGCAUGUAAGUACUGUGUCUAUACGUAAUUUUGUAUGUCACAAAAUCCCAAAGGUACUGGGAUUCACCAGGAAUUUCCUUUUGCCACCCAGGGACCUUUUAUCUAUUGAAGCACACAACAGAUACCCAAGCAGUUGCAAAUCACUGCUUCUACAUAUUUCUAAAGUGAUUUCUUGCAAUCUAUUUGUUUGGCUUCCCUGUAUUUUCUAUUAAAGAUGAUUGCUAGUACAGUAUUACAUAAUAUCCCACUAUCUGUAUAGGGCUGACUGACUGAUUGAAGGCAUCUUCAAAUCUUGUGUGCACUUAGGUACAUUUAUAGUAAGGGUUUGCCACUGCAUCCUCCGAAUAUGUUGAUGAUAGUCUUCCUAUUUUUACACCAUUUUUAAAAGAUUUGCAAUAUUUUAUGUAGAAAUGCAGCCAGUACUAAGCUUUUCUUUUCUGGCCUGAAGUAAUUCCAAGUGGUAAGUACUGCUAUAUAUAUAGCAGUGUGUAUAUAUAUAUAAUCUGUAUGUAUGUAUACAGCCUUAAAAUAUUUAGUGGUGUUGCCAGUCUGGGCUAACUUUCAAUGUAAAUGUUUCCAGAUUUUUAACUAUGUUCUUUGUGAUGUUCCCAUGUUAGGGGACAAUUUGUGCUUGACACAUUGAAAUAAAUUACAUAAUUUUCAUUA